AUGCCCCCAAACGGUACUGCGCACACCGACGCCGUCGCUGGCCCAGCCACGCUCCCGCCCCACCCAGCCCAGGCCGCCCCCCGCGGAGCGGGAGCGGCGGCUCGCGGCGCGGCCCGAGUGGCGCCUUCGGCCGGCGAGCGCGCCGCCCCCGAGCGAGCGGACGUGUCGGACUUCGCGCUCUCUCCGCUUUCGCCGCGCGAGCGGGAGAUCGUGCAGAUGGACGCGACCGCGCUUGCCGAGAGCAUCGGGGCGCGGCGGUUCAGCGCGGUCGAGGCGCUGGAGGCGUUCUGUCACGCGGCGACGGUCGCGCAAGAUCUGACGAAUUGCCUGACGGAGGUCUUUUUCGACGAGGGGCUCCGCAGGGCACGCGAACUCGACCGGCACCUCGAGGAGACCGGGCAGGUCGUCGGACCGCUCCACGGCGUCCCAGUGUCCAUCAAGGACCACAUCCUCGUCAAGGGGCACGACACCGCGACCGGCUACAUUGCGUGGGCCGGGAGAACUGUGGCGGAGAAGGACGCGCUUGCGGUCGACAUCCUCCGACGGGCUGGUGCUGUGAUCUAUGUGAAGACAGCGAACCCUCAGACUUUGUUAGCUCUCGAGACAAACAACAACAUUUACGGCAGGACAUUGAACCCUCACAACCGCAGUCACCUCACACCCGGAGGCAGCAGCGGAGGAGAGAGUGCCCUGAUUGCGAUGCACGGCAGUCCCCUCGGAGUCGGCACAGACAUAGGUGGUUCGAUUCGCGCGCCGGCCGCGUACAUGGGCCUGUACGGUCUCAAGGGAUCCGUCGGGCGCAUGCCACACGGCGGGCUGCUCGGCUCCCACGACGGUAUGGACGCCAUCAUCGGCGCGCUAGGCCCGCUCGCGACGUCCGCGCGCGACCUCGCGCUCUUCUGCCGCACGAUGCUCCAGGACGAACCGUGGCUGGUCGAGCCCCCGCUGCUCCCGCUCCCGUGGCGGCAGGACCUCGCGGACGGCGCGGGGCUCCCCGAGAAGCUCGCCAUCGCCAUCCUCUGGGACGACGGCGUCGUCGCGCCGCACCCGCCGAUCACGGCCGCGCUCGCGCGCGUGCGCGACGCGCUGCUCGCCGCCGGCCACGACGUGCUCGUCUGGGAGCCGCUCGCGCACCGGGACGCGUGGGAGCUCAUCGUGAAGCUCUACCUGCUCGACGGCGGCGCGGAGUACCGCGCGCUGACCGCGCCCGCGGUCGACCCCGCGGUGCCGCAGACGGCGUGGAUCCUCGACCAGGCGCCGGCUCGUGGGUACUCCGCCGCGGAGGCGUUCGCGCUCAACCGCCAGCGCGAGGCGUUCCGCGCCGCGCUCGCCGCGCACUGGAACGGCACCGCGGCGCGCACGCGCGACGGGCGCGCGGUCGACGCCGUGCUCGCGCCCGCGGCGGCGACGCUCGCCCGCGCCACGACGGCACGCGCUGGUGGGGGUACAGCGCCCACUGGAACCUCGCGGACUAUCCGGCGGUCGCGUUUCCCGCCGGGCCGCGGUUCCGCGCGGCGGAGAGGAGGCCUAGCUGGCCAGGAGGAGAGGCGCUACGAGGGCGCCGCGCCGCGGAACGAGACGGAGCGAGAGGUCCGCGCGCAGUGGGACCCGCUAGCGUUCGACGGCGCCGCGGUGGGCCUGCAGCUCGUCGGGCGGCGGCUCGGGGAGGAGCGGCUGCUGGGCGUGCUGGGCAGGGUCGAGGGUGCGAUUCGGGCUCACGACGCCGCGUCGGCGUCGGCGUGA